AUGUACUUUGGUCCAGGCCAAGAAGUUGCAAAAAACUAUGAACUCUGGCAUGGUAAAAUUUGGAAAGAGUCACUAAGAUUUGGAUUAAAAUAUUAUUCUGGAGACUUCGUAGUUUAUAAAGAAUCUACAAAAAGAAUUGGCCGUAUUUUGUCAAUAGUUCAAAAAGAUGGUAGUAUUAAGAUCAAUAUCCAACGCGCUCUGACAUUUGAAGAGCUGCCGAUAAAUCUGCAAAGUAAUAGUCGUAGAGAAAGAUCAUUGAACAGUAAGAAACCCAAUAACAAUAAGAAUGAUGCAAAUGAAGAUGAAUAUACUAAGAUUUCAUUAAAAAAGCAAAUUUCACAAAAAAAUAUUGAGGAGUCUAUACUUUCAGAUUUAAAAGUGCAAUUAGAAUUAUUCUAUGAAGAUUUAGGAUAUUCAUCUGCAGCCUGGAAUAAUUCGUUAUUAUUCUUCAAGUAUGCAAAUUUCCUGGUUGAAGAAAAUGGUACCUCUAUUCAAUGCUGUUUUCAUAUUAAAGACGUUGUUUCAAUCAAUUCUGAUGAAUAA